UGCAAGGGGCCGAGGCUGGAGAGGAAGCGGCGGUCCUGGCAAGGAGGAAGGAGCCAUCCCACCGGCUCGGCCCCCUGCCCGUUUGCCACCGCCUCCCGCGGCCGCUAGCGCUACCGUCGCGGGCGCAGCAGGCGGCACGAUGCAGGGCGGGGGUCCUUGGGGCGCUUCUGUCUCCGGCCGGAGCCACGGCGGCGCAGACAGUGGGCAUGGCUCGCCGCCUGCAGCAGCCCCUCCGAGGCGGCGGCUGACUCGGAGACCAGGCUACAUGAGAAGCACAGCCGGCCCUGGGAUCGGGUUCCCCUCUCCAGCAGUGGGCAUGUCAUGCCAGAUCUCAUCAGGGCCGACAGGCCAGGAGCCCCACUACUCACAGCCCAAGGCUGGACAGUGUGGCCCCAGCCCCAGCGGGUGCUGUCAGGUGGUGGGCAGCCCUUUGCUCAAGAGCUCGCUUGUCCCCGCUGUGGCCUCUGUGGGUCACCUUCACCCAGCCCAGAACUCUAUGAAAGAAACAUCAGUGUACUUUGGGGUUCAUUCCAGAAAUGGCAACAAGCUACCUGAGAAGCUGACCAGGCCAUGUAGGCCUGGGGGCAGUGGAUGUUGUCAAGACAUUUUAUCUUCGGACAGCUCUAAGUCCCUGGCUCCCAGCCUUGGUGUAGCCUGGAACAAGGGAUCAAAGGGCCUGGAGACUGUGAAACCUCUGGCAGCACCAGAGCUGAAUGGCCCGGCUGAUAUCCCAUCUCUUCCUGGCUCCCAAGACACCUUUUCUUCCUGCUUCAGCUUCAUCCGACUCUCCCUCGGUGGUGCUGGGAAACGUGGAGAAGCAGAAGGUUGCCUACCAUCCAGAGACACUGAAUCCCUUCAUCAGAGCCCCCAGGAGAUGGCGGCUGAAGCGUCCAGCUCAGACAGAUCCCGUGAGGACCCUCGACGUCUCUGGACCUUCAAUCUUCAAGCUACUCCAGGCUCGGUGGACUUGGAUCAGGUCACAGGGAGCGACAGCAAGCCAGAAUGUGGCAUAGUCUCUUCCUUGGACACUGGCUUCUCUUCCCAGGUUUCAUCCUCAGCUGGUGGGUGGGGCGACCAGGUCAAUGGCUGGGCAGGUACCCGAGGAUGGGAUGCUUUGCUCAGCGAAUGGGAGCCCAGGCUACAGGACCAUCUACUGAUCAACCGCAGGCAGCUGGAGGUCACUUCCUUAAGUUUAAAGCUUCAGACACUUCAAGAAAAAGCGAUCGAGGCUGCUGACUACGAUAAGGCAGAGACACUGAGACAGAGAUUGGAAGACCUGGAAGAGGAGAGAGGCCGCCUGCCCUGGGUUCUGCCUUCACAACAACCAGCUCUUGGCAGGUUCUUAGGCUACCUGGCAGCACAGACCCGGGUGGCCUUGUAUAGAGCCACCCAAAGGUCUGGCAGCGAUGACUCAGAGGCUCCACAUGAAGGAGAGCCUAGGACCCCUGCCCAGGAUGGCCUACCUGCAUCCAUUACCAGACGGGACUGGCUUAUUCGAGAGAAACAGCAAUUGCAGAAGGAAAUGGAAGCUCUCCAGUCAAGGAUGUCUGCGCUGAAAGCGAAAGAGCAACAGCUGAGCCGAGAGCUGGAGGAGCAGGAGACGCUGCUCCAGGGGCAGGGCUGUGACCUGAUGCCACUGGUGGCCCAGCUGUCUCCAGGCCAGCUGCAGGAAAUCAGCAAGGCCUUGGGAGAGACGCUGACCUCUGCUGCCCAGGCUCCUCUCUGCGUGGAGCCUCCUGAAGCCCUCAGGAGCCUCCAGGAAAAGACAAAAUCACUGAACAUGGCCAUUAGAGACAUCACCGCUCAGGUAAGCCCACUCCUCCUCCCAUUUUCUUCUAACCUAAUUUCACGAAGCCACUUCUGUACAGCCAAGGAGCUCUCGGAGGAGAUUCGGGCACUGUCAUCAGAACGAGAAGGGCUAGAAUCUCUCCUGAGCAGGCUGCUGGCACUCAGUUCCAGGAGUAUCAGAAGGCUGGGCAAUGUCAAAGAGGACUAUGCCAGGUGCAGCCAGGACCUGGCCCUCCAGGAAGCCGCCCACAAAGCCAGUGUGAAGGCAGCCGCUGUGAAGCGCAUGGACGUGCUGGAGGGCCGGCUGCGCAGCUGCAGGUGCCCGCUGCUUGCGAGAGUGUGGGAAGCUGAUUUGGAGGCCUGUCAGCUGCUGGUGCAGAACCUGUGGCUCCAGGAAGCAGGCAGUGGUCCGCAUGCAGAAGACGAGAAGCAGGUGGACAGCGCAAGAGAGGCCACCUGGACAGCCUCCCUGGCUGUCCACCCAAGACCCCACCCCGAAGAGGAGAAAACCCCCUCGCAAGAGUCCUGUGGGCAGAACACUCACUCAGCCCCUUUACCACACGGUGCUGGAGGCCAACAGAAGGAGGAAUCUCACAUCAUUUCUGCUGAAGUUGGAGAAAAAUGUGAAGCCAUAGGCGUGAGGCUCCUGCACCUCGAAGAUCAACUUCACAGAGCCAUCCACAGUCCCGAUGAAGCUCUCUUUCAGUCUCUCCAGGGGGAGCUCCAGAUGGUGAAGGAAACACUGCAGGCCAUGAUCCUGCAGCUCCAGCCAACAAAGGAGACAGGAGGAGAGGCCACGGCUUCCCAUUCCACAGCUGGUGUUCAGGAGGCACAGGCCUGAGUGUGGUCUUCCUCCAUUCAAGGACCUCUGAAGGUAACCAAGCCUGAGAUGGCCACUGUACCUGCCAUGUCUUCCUACGGACACUCCAAUGGCUGGAGCCCAGGAACCUCAGAGUCUGUGUGGAUCCUUAGCUGCCCAGGCCACUUCCCCUGGGCUCUGCUGUCUCAGGAGCCGGCCCCAGGGCACCUUCACAGUACCUGGGCACCUUCUGCUGCCUCUGUGUUCUCCAGCCAAGACUACACCUCAGAAAGCCCCCCACCCCCACCCCAGCCUGCUACUUCAGGUCUUUCUGAGAUUCAGGCCAGUGAGGUGGCAGUUUGGGGACAGGGACUCUUUUGAGCCAGUCUUUCUGGUUCCUACUAUUAGCCCUUUAGUUCCAAGGAGUCACAGCGUGGAGUCUACAGAACAGUGUGGGUUCACUGGGGCAGCUCUCUGCUCCAUGGUGGUAUGCUCAGGUGUCUGUGAAUUGCUCCUUGCGCCCAGCUGAGGCUCCUGCUGAGGCAGCUCCAGGUUGUUCAAGUGCUCUCAAGAGGCACGCUAAGAAAGUGUGUGAGCUAGCUUUCUGUUGCUGUGGGAAAUUAUCUGGCUAAAGCAACUGAAGGGAGAGAGGUGGCAAGGUGGGGGUAAGAGGGGGCCGAGAGGGAUUAUUGUGGCCCUGGUUUCACGUGAGGAUGCCACCCACAUUUGCUGUGGGUUUUCCCUCAGUUAAAUGUCUUUGGAGACACCCUUACAGACAUACUCGGAGUUUUGCCUUCAGGUGAUUCUGAGUCCAGUCAAGUUGAUAAUGGAGAUAAACUACCACAGGAGGAUACCUCAGAGACACAAGUCUGUAUGAUAAGAACCUGGCAUCAGAACUCCUGCUAGAGAGCCACAGAACUCGGGUAGCCAUGCUGUGAGAAGGCUCACCAGCCUGCCAGCUUCCAUCCAGCCUCAACAUCCCCGAACCCAGCGGACUUGUAUUUCUCUGCAAACUGGUUCAUUCCCGAGUCCUGGGUUAUAUUAUGUUGCAGCGUCUGGGAUGACCCUAGUGCACCUGUAUCUUGGAGGUCAAGCCCAACAUUCUCAGCCAUUGAGCUUAGGCGAGUCUGACGUGUCUGCCCAGGAAGGGCUCUCUAAGGUGCUGUGCUCGCCUUUGUGUGGACCGGGAUCGAGGUACUUUUGCCUUCUUCUGGCCCAUGGGCCCACAGCUUUUAACCCUUCUUAAUCACUCUGCCAUUUCUAGAAAGCACCUGGAGCUUCUUCGAGCCUUCCGUGCUGAGGGCCGCUUGGCCCUUAGUUGAAGAGCAGCCUGUUUGAAGACACAUUUUGCAUAUUUGAAUAAGAAAUAUGGUUAGUUUGUUCCCAGAUGUUUUGAAAGUGAACCAGAUCCCUGAAUCAUUUAUAAUUGUGCCUCUAAAAGUCUGAUGAACCAGUCACAUGACUCCCAGAGCCCCCAGGUUGACUUAAUUCUAGUGAAGCAAAACUUGCAGUCAGGAUUACCCCCUGUUGUCAAGAACGUUCUUAAAUUGGAUAUUUUAAAAACAGCUUCCCAGGCCUGAGGCGCCUGACAGCCACUGCUAGCCGGAGGGUUUUACGUCAUUUGGACAUGGUGAUAGCAUUCCGUGAGGUCAUAGUGCAUUUGAAAGCAUAAGGAACUGAGCAAUCACUGGAGUCCUUGGAACAUGGGGAGGGACAGCUGAGACUCUUGGGCAAACAUUGCUGUUGGUGUCUGGGCAGGUGAGCGACUCUCAAGAUUCCUCAAUCACACGCCCCACACCUCUGGUCAUCCUUCAGUCCUGGAGAGCCACCUGGGCUGGGCUUUGAAAGGCUGGUGUUCCCUGUGGCCACAGCAUCUUCUCAUGACAACCUUUCUGUCCUCAGCCACUUGAGCCCCAGACAUCCAGUAUCUGUGGAUCCCCAAACUAUAGAACAGGGCAGGAUUUUACAGGGCCACAUACAAAUGUCCAGGGGAGAUUGGGGCUUCAGUUCAGACUAUUGAGAGAUGACCAAGACCCCAGCAAAGGUUUGUGUUGAAAGAGAUAGCUUAUUCUUUGGUAACAAAUGACACCAUCUCAUUGUUUAUGACAAGAGUACACACACACACACACACACACACACACACACAUCUUAUAAAUAUGCACUGUUUCCUCAUCCAUUCAUCUGUUUGUGGACUGUCUGAUUUCACUGUGAUGUUCAGCAAGGGAGGAAGUGGUCCAUGGCCACCUUGCUGCAAGUUGGACCCACGAGGGUGGCCAGCUUGGGCAUCUUCAUUACCUCAUCGUUACCAGGUCUAGCUCUUGAAACUUCAUUGUAUUGAUCAUCCCCCGAGUCAUGUUAAUGUCACAGUGGAUUUCUUCUUGCUUUCCUUGGUAUUGGGGUUGGCUCCCUCCCAGGAAUGCAUGAGGAUGGGCACCAUGCUGAGCCCUUCGCAGACAAACCUGCAAUUGCACCUCAGCAUGAGGAGGGAGACCCUACAGAUGGUGCUCAGGGGCCUGGGGAAGGCAAGGUCCCCUUCCUAAGGCUCAGAGUUGACUUCAAAGGAAGACCAUGGGGAAUCCUGACCUAUGUCCUUCCUAAAGUGCCUUUGAUGUCCUCUCUGCAUUUUGAGCUCUGAAACUCAUUCACCAGCUAAAAACCAUGACUGCCCUGUGAAUUCUGCCUGAGAGUGAGAGACACUGUACUCGGAGUAACUCAGAAUCCUAUCCCCCGUCCCCAGCAAACCCAACUAUGUAACCUGGAUUCUGAUUGGCUACAGCAGCCCCAGCCUCUAUCCACUGUCCUGACCCAGCCUUUCCCAGUCACCCCAAAGAUCAUCCCAGCAGCUGCCACCCACAGCCUCAGAUUGGGUGGGUUUUCUGGAAGCUUCCUAUGUAAGUGGUGCUCCUCAGAACAUGUCCAUUUACUAUGGACAGCAACACGCACAUGUCCGCGCGCUGUGGACAACGGCAGCAAUGGCAGCUACACACACGCUGGCCAGCGCCCUCUUGUGGACAUAACCGGCCUUUAUUUUUAAUACUACCACUUUAUUAGAUCUCCGAGUUUUGUCAUCUAAGUUAUUGCUUUAUUAAGUGUCCUGCUUGUUAUG